UUAACACACGUAGUUAACCAGGAUUUUUCCCAUAUACCAAUCCACUCUUCCCCUCCUUUUCUGUCUACGGUCCCCACCCCGGAUUCCCGUGCCAUUUUCCCAAUCCAACACUUAAUUGAGCAACUGGGAUUCCUCACGUGCGGGGUUGAUUUGUAGUUUGAACACGUGGCUCAUUGAAAAAAGCCGGAAUAUCCGAUUUUUUCCUUCCCCCUUCUUCUUGGUUUUAUUCGGAGGCGGGCGCGAGCCUUAACGUGUGUGACAUUAUCUGUCUCUUUGCCAAGGGGUUUUGGAGGAAGACAAAAAGUAGUUUCUCCUCGUUUUUUACCCUGUUCGCCAUCGUUGUGGAAAAACUGAAUAAAUAAUUAAGAUAAUUAGUUUUUUGUGCGCGACUGAGAGGGGCGAGGGAGCGCAAACGCGACGAGUUUACCCGUCAAAUAGAUCUGUGGCUUGAACGACCGGGGGAACCACGCCACCGCCACUCCGUUUAGUAGUAAGGCGAUUUUGGCGACUCCAAACACUGUACACUCGAUUGAGUAAAUAACGGUUUCCUUCUGCGUAAAUAUUGUACAUUUCAACGCAGAACAUGAAUAAGCUGUACAUUGGAAACGUGAGUGAAGAGGCGAGUGCGGAGGACUUGGAAACUAUCUUUGAGCAGUGGAAGAUUCCGCACAGUGGUCCGUUUCUCGUCAAAACUGGUUAUGCGUUCGUGGAUUGCCCAGAUGAAAAGGUUGCAAUGAAGGCAAUCGACAUUCUUUCAGGUAAAGUUGAACUACAUGGAAAACUCCUAGAAGUGGAGCACUCGGUCCCUAAACGUCAAAGGAGCUGUAAGCUGCAGAUCAGGAACAUCCCGCCUCAUAUGCAGUGGGAGGUUUUAGACGGCUUAUUGGCCCAGUAUGGCACCGUGGAGAUCUGCGAGCAAGUAAAUACAGACACGGACACUGCUGUGGUCAACGUCCGAUACGCUGCGAAGGACCAGGCCAGACAGGCGAUGGAGAAGCUGAACGGCUUCCUUAUGGAGAACUUUGCCCUGAAGGUCUCGUACAUCCCGGACGAGACGGUCACCACUGACGCGCCGCCCCUGGGAGGGGGUAGGCGGGGCUUUGCCCCACGUGGCCCGCCCCGUUCAGGUUCCCCUGGCCUGGGGGCGCGGCCCAAGUUGCAGUCGGACGUCCCCCUGCGCAUCCUUGUCCCCACCCAGUUCGUAGGCGCCAUCAUUGGCAAGGAGGGAGCCACCAUUCGCAACAUCACCAAACAGACCCAUUCAAAGAUUGACAUCCACAGGAAGGAGAAUGCGGGAGCAGCAGAGAAGCCCAUCACUGUGCAUUCCACCCCAGAGGGCUGCUCCAGUGCCUGCAGAACAAUCAUGGAGAUCAUGCAGAAGGAGGCCCUGGACACAAAGUUUACUGAAGAGAUUCCAUUGAAGAUUCUGGCUCACAAUAACUUUGUGGGCCGACUGAUCGGGAAGGAGGGACGGAAUCUAAAAAAGAUUGAAGUGGACACUGAGACCAAGAUCACCAUCUCCCCUCUCCAGGACCUGACACUGUACAACCCAGAGAGGACCAUCACGGUGAAGGGCUCCAUCGAGGCGUGCUCCCGGGCUGAGGAGGAGGUUAUGAAGAAGAUCAGGGAGUCGUAUGAGAACGACGUGGCUGCUAUGAAUCUCCAGUCGAACCUGAUUCCAGGGCUGAAUCUGAACGCUCUAGGGUUGUUCCCUGGUGGUGCUCCAGGCAUGGGUCCCUCGAUGGCCAAUGCCCCACCACCCGGCGCCCAGGCUGGCUACUCCUCGUUUGGGAGCAGUCUCUUCGGGGGCGAAGGGCCAAUUUGGGCGUCUGUGCUGUCGGCGAGCAGCCAGCCCCUCUCUGGCCAGGGGCAGCCAGAGUCCGAGACCGUUCAUCUGUUCAUCCCGGCGCUAGCGGUUGGGGCCAUCAUCGGGAAACAGGGUCAACACAUCAAACAGCUGUCACGCUUCGCCGGCGCCUCCAUCAAGAUAAGUGCUGAUGAGGUCAAUGUCGUGGAUGCAAACCAGAUUGCCCCUCCAGACAGCAUUGACACCAAGCAGAGAAUGGUGAUCAUCGCUGGACCGCCAGAAGCUCAGUUCAAGGCUCAGGGUCGUAUCUUUGGGAAACUAAAGGAGGAGAACUUUUUCGGGCCAAAGGAAGAGGUGAAACUAGAGGCUCACAUCAAGGUGCCUUCCUUCGCUGCUGGACGCGUUAUCGGCAAGGGUGGUAAAACGGUCAACGAGCUGCAGAACCUGACCAGUGCUGAGGUGGUGGUCCCUAGAGACCAGACGCCUGAUGAGAACGACCAGGUCAUCGUUAAAAUCACUGGACACUUUUAUGCAAGUCAGCUGGCCCAGAGAAAGAUCCAGGAAAUACUCUCCCAGGUGAGACGGCAACAACAGUCCAAACCCUCGCCCCGUGGGGAGGGACCACCCCACGGGGAUCGACCCCCUCUUGCCCGCCCUUCACGGAAGUAGAUGUGGGCGUCCCAUUGGGCUGAGGGGCCAGGUGAUAAAACUCCCCCCGAAGACAGAUCAGAGACCAGAGGGGAAACGCGGGCAGGGCGACAACGCGUUCAUCUCAGGGGUUAAGGGUCAAGGGAACCCCACUGUACACUCACACACCCCCCCCCCCCCCCACCCCACCCCCCAACAAGCUCCUCGACUGACACCACGCUGUGGAUACGAGACCUGCCCCAUCGCCUCACCUCUGCGUCUGUGAGAAUGUACUUCAGAGGGUUCCAACGUUGUCACACACCCUCUCACCCUUGCCCCCCUCGCCUCGCGCACACUGAUGGGUCCUGAUUGGUUCCUCAUUUGUUUCCUUUUUUUUUUUUUUUUUGGAAAACACGAAGUUAUAAUAAUUAACCCCCUCCUGUCACCUCCCUGGUGUGGUGACACUCAGUCACAUGUUGAUGACAGCUGUUCAUCUUGACACUAGUUUUAGAUUUUAUCUUUUUAUUUGUACUUUUUUUUUUGUUUAGUUUUUUGUUUUUUGCCCUGGAUGAAGUGUUUGUUUAAUUGGUUGAUGAAGCUUUCUCUCCUGAGUUUUCUGUGGAAAGAAAAAGGCAUUGCUCUCAGAGUCCUGGUAGGAUGAUGAGAAUGGUUAGUGGGAUGGGCUUUAGACGGGGAGGGGUAGGGAUAAGGGUCAAACUCUUGUUUCAUUGGACAGGGGCCCCGGCAGUGGUCUAACGGGGUGCCCCUCUCCUGAUAUUGAUAGUGGCAUUUUAUAAAUUCGGAUGCAUUUUAUAGAUAUACCUAUAUAAAUAUAUAUUUAGAGAGGCGAGGACAACACUGUCGUUAACACUUAAGGGACGUGUUAAAUGAUGUUGUCCAUGAAAACCAAUUUAAUAUGCAUUUUACUGAACUACCUCAGGAUCUAGUACCUCAAGACGAAGAAAAAAAAAAAAAGAAUAUUAUAUAUAUGGAGAAAAAAAUCCUUUUUUUAUUUUGCUUUGUGGUAUUUUGUAUACUUUAUAAAGCUAAUAGUUCUUGAACAUUUUUAUUUUUUUAAGAAAAUUAAAAAUUUGGUCGGCUGCCAACUGACCUUGCCUUCAACUCUAGCGCUCUCCGACGGCGGCAACGUGUCAAAUGUGUUUGUCUGUGUGUGACGACGGUGACCCUGUACAUAGUCUAUCUGUACAUAGAGCCCAGGGCAGAGUUGGCGCCCAACUCAGUUGACUGCUGAUGGGAGUAUCGAGAGAAAAUAAUUUGCCUCAGUUUUCCUGAGGAAUCCACCAUCUUCUGAAAACUACAAAAAACUGACUAUUAGAGUAAUGCCGAAUAAUGCCAACCAUACAUACUGCAGCAAUGCCAUUUAGUUUUGGGAUUCUGACAUUGUCAUGGUUAACGGUACGUUUAAUUCACACGUAAUGUUAUGAUUUGCCUUCCUGUAAGGCCAAAUGGAUAGCACGCAAUGGAGGAGCCUGAGCACUGAGUUUUUCCCUCUGUAGCCUCCAUAGAAAUAGAGAAGACACAGCAUUGCUGUUUGUUCUCUUUGUUGCAUUUCUGUUACCUGCUUGGGCUAUAAACCAUCUGCUUCAUCUGUCUCAGUUGGCACCGUUUCCCUCAUAGUGGCUGAAGUCAUGCACUACAAUGGGAAUGGUGUGCUAUUCGAAAGUCACCCCAGGUUUCUGACAGGCUAAAGUGCGAUCCACAGCCUUCUUUGUUAUAUAUUUUUUUUUUCUUCAGACGAGCAAGCUUGGCCAGGUUUUAUGGCCCCUGUAGCCACCAAGUCAACAAUAGUGUCAUUAACUGCAUGGUGAAGGUAGGGGGAGUCACACUGAUAGAUGCUUUUUUUGCUAUAGAAACUACGAUAACUAAAGAAUGAGUUUGUUUAACCAGCAGUCGCUGCAACUUUAAUUGAAGUGAGAAGUUACAAUCCUUAUUCAUUACAAAAAGCCAGAAGGCAAACAAAAAAAUACAAAAUGAACCUUGAUUGAUUGGGA